UUUUCUCGUGCCCUGGACGAAAUAGCCUUAAAACUACUGAGACGACCAUGAGGCUUUUUACCAUCCCUCUCGUGUCCCUGCUUGCAGCGUCCGCAUCCGCGGGAAACCUGUUCCACCAGGUUGGUAAGAACUUGAUGUCACCUACGAACGGGCUGGAACAGAUUCCUGGAGAGAACCCUCUGAAAUACUGCGAUGGGGACCAUUCCGAUGAUGUCCUUACCAUCAAGAAGGUCGACUUGAUCCCCAAUCCGCCUAUCCCUGGUGAAUCACUUAUUAUCCGGGCUGUUGGCGUGCUCAAAGACGUAGUUACUGAGGGUGCCUAUAUCGAUGUUAGUGUCAGAUAUGGCCUCAUUACAUUGAUCAAGGAGAGACUGGAUAUCUGUGGUUGAUAUCCCCAAACAAAUUCCUCCU